CAUACGUACGCCUGCCUUCCGGACGUCAUUCCGCCCUUGCGCCGUCUCCAUGGCAGCGGGGAGGACGGGAAGGAGGCGAAGGGAGAAGCAAGGCAGGCAGGCCGCGGCAGGGAGAGGCCUCAGCCCAGCCUGGGAGUGAAGGCCGCAAGCGUCGCUGCUGCUGCUGGCCACGCCCCCUCGCCGCGAGACGGGCUCCCAUUGGCCGACUCCUUCCCUCCCUCCCUCCCUCGCUCGCUCGCGCGCGCUUGGAAGCCACGCCCACUCCUGUUGAGGCAACGCGCGCCCUGCGAGGCACUGAAGGAUGGUCCUGAGAGGCAGGGGCACCCGGGAAGGAGACUUCUCCGGGAUCUGAGGCCAGGCUGACUGAAAAGAAGCCCCCACCCCACAUUCUUUGCCUCGGUUUCCCCAAUUGUGGUGGUGGCAGCAGCAGCAUGUACCGCAAGGAGAAGAGCAUUGCGCUGAAGGAGAGCAGCCUGGCCCUCUACAACAACCUGAGUGUGCUGCCGGUCCCAGGGAAGCAGGUCACUUACUUUGCCAGCGUCCAUGGCACCAGUGUCACCAUGGCCAGCGCCUCUGACGACGGCCUGUCCAUCUCCCACCGCCAGCUGAUGGCCAAGGAGGGUGGCCUGGGCCUGGGCACCUCCCUCAUCACUCAGGCAUUGUGGUGCUCCCUCCCUUCUCGUGUCCUCCUGGUGCUGACCUCACGGAAAGGGAUCCAGAUGUAUGAGUCAGAUGGGUCCGUUAUGGUGUACUGGCACGCUCUGGAGGGCAUGGAGUCGUCCUCACCAGGUAUGGCAGCGUUUGCGCGUGGGAUUGCAGCGACUGGGAAACACUUUAUCUGCAUAGGAACAUCCUCCGGGGCUGUUCUCGUCUUUGACGUUCCUUCCAAAGGCACCAACAUCAUGCUGAGCGAAGUCCUGAAAAAGCAUGCCAGCGCCAUCACGGACGUUGGGGCCGAACUGUGCGAGCAGCCGGAGGGAUCUGCUGACCUGGUGACAGCCGAUGACUCGGGUGCUUUGUGUGUUUGGUGCUCUGGAGAGAAGUUCAGGCUGGUCACCCAGAUCCCAGCUUCUGAGUACCCCUGCUCCUCCGUGAAGCUGUGGAACGGGAUCAUUGCUGCUGGCUACGGGAACGGGCAGAUCCGCCUUUACGAGGCAGCCAGCGGGACCCUGCGCGCUGAAGUCAGUGCUCAUGCGCGCUGGAUCAAUGCCCUGGACCUGGCACCGCUCUCAGGAAAGCUCCUGUCUGCUGCGGAGGACUCCUUUGUGCACGUGUGGAGGCUGAGCCGCAAUCCAGACACAGAGGCCGUGGAGAUCGAGCAUUGCCACGGGGAGUGCGUGACCGACAGCCUGCUCUGCGGGGCCCGCUUCUGCAACCCUGAAGGCAGCAUCUUUGCCGUCACGGGCUUCGAGCUCAGCGAGAUCAUCCGUUACGUCCAGGUGUAGCUCCCCUGAUCAGAGCCACCCCAAAAGGGAGGAUGGGGGCUCUCUUUGAAGCUUAGAGAACCUUAAUAGUAGAGAGGGUGCUUGGGAUUAAAACCCAGGGCUAGCUGGCUUUCCUGCCCUCCUUUCCUCGCUCCCCUUUCCUUGGGCACUGCCUAGGGACCCCCAGUGUGGCCAUAUGCCAUCCUGAGCAAAGCUCUUCUUCCCUGGAUGGCAGGUCCCGAGCGAUCUAGCUGUAGACUCAGAGCAGCCUUGAGAGCACAAACAAGCGCCCUCUUCUUUCAGGUUUCCCCCUCCCACUAGAAGGAAUCUCACUAGUUCUGCUAUCAAACCUAAGCUGGGAGAUUUCCUCAGCCCUGCCCUUUACUGCCUCAAGAGAUGGGAGGGGCAGGCUUUGUAUUUUUUGCUAUUUAUUAAAAACAUCAACACGUA